UCGCCAUCGCCAUAAAACCACUCGGAUUCACAAUGGCGACCAAUUUACCCAGCUCAGACCCUCUCCUCGCCCUCCGCCAGUCCCUCCUCUCCAAUAACCCCCCAACACCGACAACGUCGUCUUCCCCCGCCGAGCAGCCCACAGAAACCGACCUCGACCUCGCCAAAGCCACUCACCUCUACUUCCCCCACCCCACGAGCCCACAGACGAUCCCCCUCAACACCCCGACACGCUUCGUGUCCAGCACAACGGGUGAGCCCGUCGACCUCCGCAGCAUCUUCUUCGCGUGGUUGAAGAAAGAUGUCGCGAUCCCGGAGUACAUUGCCGAAGCGGAGGGGCUGAACCAGGCCCUCAAGGAGAAGAAGACGACGGAUGAUCCCUCCGCGCCGGAGGAAAAGGUUCACAACCUGGUGUUCGUCGAGCGAUUGGAUCUGUUGACGUGGCUGGAGGGUGCGUCGGAGGAAAGCGAGUAUAUCAAGCCCCUGGAGGGGGAGGCGGCGGCGAAGGCGGCCGAGGCAGCAGCAGCAGCAGCGGCCGCCGCUGCCGCCGCGGCGGAGGGAAGUGCGGGCGCGCAGACUCAGGCCUCGGCGAACAUUGCAUCUGGGGCUGCGGGUGGUGUCGCUGUGGUGCCGAGUGGAAGUGGCAUCGGGGGUGUCGCUGGUGCGACGGGCGCAGGAGCUGCUGCUGCUGCCGGAGCUGCACAGCAGCAUGGUGGUAGGGCGCCUAAGACGAUCGAUCCCAGAUUACAGGAGAUCUACGAUGGAGAGAGGAAGAUGGGGGAUCGGAAUAGUGUCUUGAGGGGGAUUAAGCCGACGGAUUUCUCCCAUGUUCGCAAAGUCGCCGAGUCCAUCCUCGGCCGCAAUCGGUCAUCACGAACGGGUCAGUAUCCCGCUGGAGUCACCAAGCCCGGCAGCAAGCCGACGUCCUCCUCCAUGGUACCCGUGCCUACGCCGUCCGCCGGACUCUCGCAACCCCGUAGCGGCAAGAGCAGCUCCAAGACGCAAGAUCCGAUCAUCCUCCUUUCGCCGUCGGCGUCGUCGCUUAUCCGCAUGUCCAACGUGCGCUCGUUCCUCCAGGAGGGCGUGUUCAUCCCGCCAGACCACCCUACGCUCGCCACUGGUACAAACAGCAACCUUCUCUAUAUCUCCCGUCCCCUUCGUCUGCAAGAUAGCUCCUCCAGUACAUCCCUCCUCCGGCCCAGUGCGGCUUCCUCGACCUCGCGCAAACCCACCCGCUUCAUCUUGGUGGACAGUACCGCCAACUUCCGCCCGGAUUACUGGAACCGCCUCGUGGCCGUGUUCACGACGGGCCAGACCUGGCAGUUCAAGUCCUACAAGUGGACCUCGCCGCCGGAAUUGUUCAAGCACGCCACCGGUAUCUACGUGGGCUGGCGCGGAGAGGACAGUCCGCGGGAGGUGCGCAAUUGGGGCCGCGGGGUGCAGAGCUUCUCGGUCGAGAGAUGGGAUGAGAAGGGCGGUGUGAAUGGCACCGGGCGGUGGAGAGAUCGGGAGGUUGUCGAGGGCAUUUGGUCGGCAAUUGAGGAAGGCAUGCGAUUGAGAGGGUGGGGUGCGAAAUAACCUAUGAUAUGGGGUUUUCUUCUUUGAGAGGGGGGGGAGGAGGCUUACUGUCUUAUCUCUCUCAUCGUCAAUCAUCAUCUUUCUUGCAAGUUUCAGGGAGAAUCCUCGAUUUUGGGAGAUGUUCUAUGCAUGCAGGUGGGCGGAUGGGACAGACGUCCGGACAGGCACCACGCUGCUUGAUAUCUUGAAACAAAGGACGUUUCAACCCUAAUUCUUGUUACGCCUCGAUUUUGAGACGUGGUCAUCGGAUGGUGUGUAUGAGAUCCCUCAACUCGGUACUCGAGCCAUGCAUGCAUGCUACCGUUAUCAGCGUCAGCAGCAUAUACAAAGUACACUCAAUCGAUCCAUCCAUCCAUCGCCUCGAGCGAACUCCGUCUGAAACAAACCCCACCCCCACCCCCUUCUCCCU